GGCAGCGGUUGGUGCCCACAUCAGGGCAGCAGCUGUCACACAGCCGUUGAUGCUUAAGCGCAAGCAGGUAUAUGGCUCAGCAGAAGUUUGACCAGGCCAUAGAGUUGACUGAGUCAGGAGCAAAGCUACAGCUUCGGCAUGGACAGGUCUUAUGUGGUGCGGAACUGGCACUGCUGCUGGUCGAAACGUUUUUGAAAGCAGAGGUCAAGUUCAGUCCAGAAGCUCUCGCACGGAUUAGGGAUGUCUUUGAAUGCUUCCCUAGGGAGCAAGAGGAGACAGCUGCAGAGUGGGUGAUCCUUGACAGAGACAGUCCAGAGACACAGGGGGAGCCAAGCAAUGAGAGGACUGAAGCUGAAAAGGCGGAGGCAGAGAGGGCAGCAAUCGCAAAGAGCAGAGUUGAGGGAUGCUCUGCAUUCCUCAAGCAGGCACUAAAAUGGUCGAAAUUGUCAGGAGGGCCAAACAUGGGUGCUCCGGAAAUACAUGACAUGCUAGCCGAGUAUGUAUGGACUCAAUCACCUUCGCCGAGUCUUUCGACGGUAUCUAGACACUUUAUUUGGGGAUCAAGGCCAGAAGCCUUUGCGAGUGCAUUGAUUGAUGUCAUGAAAGCAAGUCAUCUGCAUGAAGCUGAUUUGGUGGUGACACGUGGUGUGCUGCAAUAUUUGGCAGUCGGAAAGUUAUGGGACGCAACUCAAUUGCUUGACGAGGUUCGACACAGGUGCUGCAACAACAUUCAAGAUGAUGAUGCGCCUUGGCUGCCAGACUCGCCGCUGAUGCAUUUUAACCGAUUCCUCCUCUGCGCGUUAGAGCGGAAGUCUCUUCCGUUAUUCUCCAUGCUGCGGAAGAAAUAUCAAAAAAGUCUUUCUCGUGAUCCAUCUUUUGAGAAGUAUGUCGAUGAGGUGGGGACAAGGUUUUUUAACCUGAGACGGCCACCCAUGAUUCCAGGGAUGUUUGGGGACCUGUUGAAGGCAAUAUCUGGAGAGGAUUGACUGAUUUCCUGCUGCAAGCCAUAAGAAGUGUACUCAGCAUUAGUACUAUGUGAUGAUGGUGGUGGAUACUCAAUUGUACUCAGCAUUUGUAACGUGUGAGCAGAAGUUACCUCAUAUUGUGUUGUGUACCCUUUCAAAAAUGCUGGAUUCAACGGACAGAUCGAAUCCCUUUCAUUGAUCCUAUCGCUGAGUCAAUCCCGUCCAUAGUUUAUCCUAUCGUCCCCAAGGAUCGCCAGAGUGAACUCGCAAUUCCAUGUGAGGGUGGACUGGUCGAAGAGCGCAAGCUGUUUGACGAUGAAUAGUCCGCAUGUGAGAUUAGGACUGGCUGAAACCGGCGAUGUAAUGGGACUGGCAAUUUUCCUCAGGCUACAUUGGUGUUUGUCUGCAGCGUUGGUCGCCAAACAGAGCAACCCCCAUUCAUUGAUCGAUUGCUACACCAAUCCGGCGAUAGAUUUCAGGACCCAUAACCAAAUUUGCAGGUGGGGAAUUCAGAAUUCUCUUCUGUGAGGGACGUGUGCGCUGGCGAGUCGGAUAUCGGAAAAACUGAAAAAAGCAACUCAGCAUCGACGAAGCGACUGCCAGAAGUGUUAAAUUGAGCAUCUGUCGUCUGAGGAGGUGUUUCUGAAGAUCGGAUCUCCAGAUUUGCAGCCAUAAUGUUGCAACACUGCUGGGGGUAAUAAAUGUGUGGAUCCUGAUCGAUUACGGGCGUUGAUGUUCACUACGGCUUUCCUAGGAUGUUGAUAUUCACUCUGGCGUUUCUGUGCAUGCCUGUGGAUUUCUACUGAACUCGACAGAUUUGACAGAUUUCGAUGCUUUUGUAGAAACAUUUGUCACAGGGUGGGAAAUAUAGCUACUCGUUUCUUCAUUAUCCUCUGCAGAUGAUCGAACACAAGAAACCACAGAGAACGGCGCACUAUCUGAAGACAGCAAAUAAAUGUCUGUGGCCAGCCGAAUGUGUUCUCGAGGGUGGGCAAGUAAUCAUAUUCCCAACGUCGCCCCCUUCUCCCUCUCUUUCCACAGUUCGUGGAAGGAUCACAGCCCACUUGUGUGUGUGUGUGGUGUGUGUGUGUGUGGUGUGUGGUGUGUGUGUGUGUGUGUGUGUGUGUGUGUGUGUGUGUGUGUGUGUGCACGCGAGCGCACAUGUGCCCGUGUGUGCGGUCAUGUUUGCCGCACACGGCACACAAAAAAAAAGAAUGUCUGUGCCAGGCUGUUUCAUUGGACUUCCACCGACUCAUCACCAGGUUGAACUGCGGUAGAGUGUGUGUGUGUGUGUGUGUGUGUGUGUGUGUGUGUGUGUGUGUGUGUGUGUGUGCUCGCGCGCACGUGCCCCCCAAUUCCCCCAUGUUGUGAUUGUACUCGUUGUACCUAACUGUGGUGGCGGAUGUUGGCAGAUUUGUAUCAAUUGCCCUGUGCGCUCUUGGGCCGGAGGGCGUCAACCGAUGUGGCCAUCUGCACAUGAGUGGUGUGGGCUGGGAUUUGGGCGUGGAGAGGCUGGGUUCAGUUGGAUGAGUUGGGAAGGUAGGUCAGGGCACACCACUCUCUUAGUGGGCGCGGUUGGGCGCCCCUUGUGGCAACAGGCGAUUGUGGUGUGCGUACUGCCUCCUGGCAGGUUGCCCUGGGGGUUUGGGCCGCGUCUGAGUUCGGGGGUGGAGGGCCCCAUUGCUAGCGUCUGGGUAGCGAGACCUUCCCGUGGGUGGUCUGCGCUUGAGAGAUUUCUGGGUGUGUUGUGUGAACCCACGCCUUCAGUCAGGGAUGACUUGGCGCGUCAUCUCUCCUCUCCUGUCAGGGCGUCCUUGUGCACUUUUCCCCCUCCCCCACAACCUUUUGUACAAGAAGUACCAGACAGCAGCCCCUCGAAAAUCUCGGCGUAUUGCACUGAUUGUUUCCCAUGGCUGAGUCAUUCGCACCUCUUCAGGUUGUACUCUGCUCGGUGAUGCGCAAUUUUGUC